AUGGUGAUUGAGAAAGAACAAAAGAUAGGAGAUACUUUAGAAGCAUUGAAAAAAAAAGCAGAAAUUUUUGAAAAAGAUACGAAUUAUCCAAUAAAACUGUGGAUAUCUACAGCAAAAAAACUCCAAGAUCAGUGGAAAAAGGCAUAUAAGUUUGAGACAGAAGGAAAUCUCGAAAUGGCAUAUGUAAAUUAUUUGAAAGGGUCUUCAAUUGUUGUUGAAGUCAUUCCUAAUCAUAAAGAUUACACAACGUUUAAGAAUCAAAGCGGACCUAUUCUAAAGAAAUAUCAUGAGCUUAAGAAAGAAACAUCUUUGUCACUUUUUAAAUGCCAGGAAAUUUAUCAGACUUUGAAAAUGAGAGAUAUUGAGAAAAAACAGAUAUUAGACGAGUCAAACAAUAUAGCAUAUACAAAAGAUACUUUUUCAGUGCCAUAUGAUGAAACGAAUUCUGAUAAAUUGACAUGGAAAGAGUCUAGUUCUACUUUAAAUCGUAACUUUUUCUUAAAUAAAGAAACUGAUUCUAUAAAAAGUGAUUCUUUCGAAAUAUCUGGUAUUGAACAUGUACAAAAUGUAGACACUCCUAAAACACCUUUUAAAUCAUUGGAUUGUGUUUCUUCUCCUAAUCUUUGUUUUGGCACUGUGAAUUUAUCAUCAUCUUUUAAUAUUAAUAAAGAGAUUAAAAGGUUUACAUCAAAUCAAGCAUUGAGAAGUUUAAAUGAAAAAUUAGUUUUACCAGAUCAAACAAAUUUAUCGUCAUGGUUUUCUUUUAUUGAACCAGAAACAUUAUAUAAAAGUAUUAUUUGCAAAGAUAAUAAAUCAGAAAUUUUAUUCUUAGAUAUCAGACCAAGAAAUGAAUUUAAAAAACUUAGGAUUGCUUCUGAAAAUGUAGUUUGCAUUGAACCUAUUAUUUUAACCUUAGAAGAAAAUAUAUCAGGUGAUCAAUUAGAAGAUUCUUUAAUUAUUUCUCCAUUAUCUGAGCAAAAAAUGUUUUCUGAUAGGCAUAAAUUUGAUCAUGUUGUUUAUUAUGAUUGGGAUAGUAGAAAUGAUAAUCUAAAUGGAAAUAUUUUUCAAAAAGAAAAAGCGCGUAUAUUAUAUAAUUUAAACAAUGCUAUAUUUAAUUUUGGAAGAUUUAAAAAGCCAUUAAAACAUGCACCUGUUUUACUUUCUGGAGGUCUUAAAGCAUGGAUUAGUUUUAUAAAAAAGAACGAUCUUUUCAGUGAUUUUAUAAAAGGUACUGACAUUGAUAACAAAGAAUCUUUAGGAAAAAAUCUAUUAUCUUUUGAGCAAAAAUCGAACCAAUUGUCUAUAAAACCAAAUAUUGAUUAUUCUAAAUUAUAUAUAUCAUCUGUAGAACAUUCUUUAUACAUUAGUCAACCAGAAUCUGAAAAGAAAUAUAUAGAUACUCCGCAGAAAAUGAUAAUGUCUAUGAAUGAAUUUGAGUCAUUAUUUAAAAAUAAUACAAAUCAAACAAAUAAAACAAAAGAUGUUCCAAUUACAUUAAAUAGUAAUCUACAAUCAGAAUUUCGUAUGGAAUGUUCUUCACAGAAUAGCUUGUCUCAGCAAUUAAAGUCUACACCUUGUUUUGAAACAAAAAAUAAUUAUAAUACUUUAGGAUCAUAUAAUGAUUUAAAUACAUUUAAAUCAUUGUUUCAGGAAAUAACACCAAGUAACUCUAACAAUUUUCUUAAAAAAAAUAUUCCAUCUAAUAAUCCUUUUUGUGAAUUUACAAAAGUCAAAAAUGAUAACUGUAGAUUUAAAGAACUUAUAUUAUCUAAUAUGAAUACUAUUAACUUAAGAACUCAAAAUAUUAUAUCUCAAAACUAUAAUACAGAACAGUUUCGUGUUUGUGAGACCAUAGGGACUACAGGAUUAACAAAUUUGGGAAAUACAUGUUAUAUGAAUGCUAUUAUCCAAUGUUUAAGCAAUACUAUUCCUUUCGCGAGAUAUUAUAGAGAUGGAAGUUAUAAAAAACACAUUAAUUUUGAUAAUCCUUUAGGAUAUAAAGGGGAACUUGCUCAAACAUUUGCACAAUUAAUUUCAUAUCUUUGGGAUAAUGAACAUACAUAUGUAUCGCCACUUUUUUUUAAGAAUGUUAUUGGACGUCUUAAAGAGCAAUUUCGGAAUAAUGACCAGCAGGACUCUCAGGAAUUUUUAGCUUUUCUUUUAGAUGGUCUUCAUGAAGAAUUAAAUACUGCAGCUGGACGAUUAAAACCAAGAGAAUUGACCGUAGAAGAAAAGUUGAAAAUAGAAAGUAUGCCGGAUCAAAUUGCUUCAAACAUAGAGUGGCAAAGAUAUACUCAUUUAAAUAAUAGCAUUGUAGUUUCUCUUUUUCAAGGACAAUUACAAAGCAGAUUAAAAUGUUUAACAUGCAGUUUCCAGUCUACUACAUAUAAUCCUUUUACAUAUCUUUCAUUGCCAAUACCUUUUACACAGGCUAAAACUUCAACGUUAUAUGAAUGCCUUCAAUUUUUUGUCCAAAAAGAAUAUCUUAAAGAUAAAGAACAAUGGUAUUGUUCAAAAUGCAAAAAACCAAGAGAUGCUACUAAAACUUUAACUAUAUCUAAAAUUCCAGAAAUACUUUUGAUUCAUCUUAAAAGAUUUCGAACAUGUGGGCAUUGGAAGGAUAAAAUUGAUACUAAAGUUGAUUUUUUAAUUAAUAAUCUUGAUCUUACCGAUUUUUUACUUAAGAGUGAACUUUUUACAGAUUCAUCUAAUCAUGAAAAAUAUCUUUAUCAUUUAUAUGCUGUUACAAAUCAUUAUGGGAAUUUAGAUGGGGGUCACUAUACUGCUGUUAUAAAAAAUGGUUUUACGAAUUCCUGGAAUUUAUUUGAUGAUCGUCGAGUUGUUUUUUGUAAUGAAAGUGAUGUUGUUGUAAUUAACUUUCCAUUAAGUCAACAAUAUAUUGAGAAUUACUGA